AUGAACGUCGAGGCUUCACUCCAGCUCAAGCAUACUAACGUCAGUCGUCCUCGUCUAUCGCACUCGACUUCUCAGCAGAGCAUUGCCGCUUCUCAGGCCGCUUCCGAAGGCUACUACUCGCUACAUUCCGCCUCCGAAGUCUCCUCGGGCGACAGUGAUGGUCGCUCGUGCAAACCCACUCCAGGCCGAACGUAUCAUACCCCGCCCUCACAGUACCGGACACCAGCGCAAAGUCAUGAGCACAUACACCAGCAGCAAUCGGACGCUCCAGUAACAUCUUUGAAGGGGGUCGGGAUUCCCCGACAACAUCCAGUUGCGGGCACACAGUCGCCAGCUGUAUCCACCAUCGCAGAGGAACGGCCAGAAACGCAGGAACGGAGAUCACUGCUGCGGCCCGAGAUGGACUCCGAGUCACUCGCUACAACUCCGGGGAUGGACGAAACCCCGUAUAUUCGGUUUGCUAUCGAUCAAAUCACUCGUGAUGAGGAAGUACGCGGUUCAAGAAGAUACCCUCUUGACCCUCCUGCCGAGGAGGACGACUACCCAGUCGAACGGAUCGUCUCAGAUGAUGGCCUGGGGUACUUGGAGCAGGAACAGGAAAGGGAACAGAGGAUGUCGCGUCCACCUCAACUGCCAUCCCCUCCCCCUCUCGCGGGGCCCGUAUCAGAUCCAAUGUACGACCUGCCACCUAAGAAGGCUACGGGCAAGACCCCACAGGCUGUGCCAAUCGAAAAGGAUGUCUUCACUGCGACCUCACUACCAAACUCCCCUCUGCACUUUCUCCCCAACGUUCUGCGACCCUUUUGGCUUGGCAUGCUCAUCCUGCUCUGUCUGAUCAUGUCAGCCGCACUCAUCUACUCCGCCAUCUACUCUAACCGCAACUCGGGCGCUGGCCUUUGGGAUUAUAACCGCUUCGGCGACAUCCGCUAUUUCGUCUUCCAAUAUCUGCCCACCAUCGUCGGCAUGAUAAUAUUAUUGUGGCUUUUCCAGGUGCAGAUUGCGCUGCAGCGCAUCGUACCCUUCGUAUCCAUGGCAUCUGGCUCGGCAAAGCAGCACUCGGAAGCCGUGUUUCUCGAAUUAUAUCCUACUCAAUUCCUCUUUCCGAAAUUCGAGCAUUUCAAAGCAGGUCAGCCGCUCGUCGGUUCGUUUUACCUCGUCUCGUGGUUGUUUAUCUGGACCAUUCCCCUUCUCGCCUCGUCCUUCAAUGUGCGCUAUAGCACUGAGGAAGGGGUGUGGAAAUGGGUUGCCGUCCAAGGCAUCAUCUGGGCGGUUGUGGCGUUGUACAUACUGCUCACCAUCAGCUUGCUUUCGCUUUUGGUAUUCCUCCUCCGGAAAGAGACGGGUUUGAAGUGGGAUCCACGCUCUCUGGCGGAUAUCAUCGCUCUCUUGGAGCGAUCAAACACCAUGAGCGACUAUGACGGAUCCGAGACGUUCAGCAGCAAGGAAGAGUUCAAGCAGCGCCUUGGACAUCGAACCGACAGAAUUGGAUACUGGAGUACUACCAAACGCCCCAACGACAUCUUCCACGGCAUCGGUGAAGAGGGAGCGCCUUCACGUCGCUACUCACUCGAAGACGGCCGCAUCCGCGAGAAAGCGCCUGGACGUCUCGAUGAUCUAAACUCCGCACAAAGACCCAGCGAUUUCUCCAUACGCAUGGAUCUCCGCAGCCCCCGCACCCGCCUACGCUACCUUAAAUGGUACCUCCGGGACACCUUCGUCGUCGCUUGGAUCGUCGCCGCCUUCGUCCUCUUCAUCGCCUUCCUCGUCGUCAGCUACGUCAAUUCUGCAAUCCGCCUGGGCUUUCUUCCUCAAGUCGCCGCCCGCACCGACGCGUCCGGCUUCUCCGUCUCAGACUUUCUCUACUCCUUCAUCCCCUCUCUAAUUGCCCACCUUCUCUUCCUCUCCCUCCUCUCACUGGACUACUCUGUUCGCACCCUCCAACCCUACAUCUCCCUCUCCCAACCUGGCGGAAGUACGGCAGAAUCCUCCCUCCUCCUCGACUACGCCGCCCGCCUUCCCCUAUCCGCAACCUUCUCCGCCCUCGAAAACCAUCACUACCAAUCUGCCAUCCUAUCAACCUCCUCCCUGUGCUCCUCCGCCCUGCCCAUCCUCGCAGGUGGAGCCUUCUGGACCCAAUAUUACGUCUCUGCGUCCGUUGUCCGCGUCUCCGCCGAUUUGCCCGCAUACUAUGCCUUGUGCGUCUUCCUGGCGCUUUACACUUUCUCCCUCCUCGCUCUCCUGCCGAAUCGCAGACGCGCAGCACUGCCGCAUCGCUCGUCCAGUUUGGCCGAAAUCAUCAGUUGGGUGUAUCAGAGUCCCAUCUUGACGGAUCGGGCGUUUGCGAGGCCCAAGACGAAACCGGAGCUGGUGGCUCGCCUGAUGGGGAGUGCCUGGGUGGAGAGGACGUGGGGGCAGAGUCUGACGAACCUUGUACGGCCGAGUCGGAGUAAUUUGAGGGCCGAGGAGUUGCCUGUGGAGAAGGAGAAGGAGAAGUUGGAGAAGAGGAAGCUUGACGGUCCGACCCCGAAGAAGCACAACUCUGUCGUCGACCCGGGGAAGAUCCGCUACGGAUUCGGCAUCUAUGUCGGGCGAGAUGGGCUCGAGCAUUUAGGUAUCGAUCGCGUGGCGCGCGGUGGCGAGAGGAGUGGACGUGAGUUAGUCAUUUACGAGGAGCAGCGGCGAGCUAGUGGUCGUCGCAGCGGAAAGGGGAGGGUGGAACGGGAAUUCGACGCCUGA